AGUUGUUUGAAAUACGUUUAUGGAUUAUUUUACGUCAUGUUCAAAGAAAGAUAACUCCAUUGUUUUAUUUUGUUAUGCAGCAGAAUUAAAUGUCAGCCUUGGCCGGAUUACCCAAGAAGUCGGAUGGAUUCAAGGCAGCAUGCAAGAGAUGCGGAUAUGCUGGUCACCUGACUUACCAGUGUAGAAACUUUGUCCAAGCCGACCCUUCCAAAGAUGUGGUGCUCGAUGUUAGCAGUACCAGCUCGGACUCCAGUGAUGAAGAUUUCAUCUCGCCGCUUGUUAAGCUUCAACAAGAAGAAAAGCUUAAACAAAAGUGGGAUGCUGACAAAUUAAAUAAAAAAGAUAAAAGGGACAGGUCUAGAUCGUCAUCAAAACAUAAGAAAAAGAAGAAAAGGAAACACAAACAUAAACACAAGGGAUCUUCGUCCGAUGAGGGCAGCUCAGGUAGCGAUUCUGAGGGAGGGGACUCAGACGAUAAGAAAUCAUCACGGAAACGAAAGCAUAAAAAGAAGAAAAGUAGAAGACAUAGUGACAGUGAUUCUAGUGAUUCUGACCACGAACGAGAAAAGAGGAAGAAAAGGAAGAAAGACAAGAGGAAGAAGAAAAAGAAACAUAAAAGACAAAGUGAUGAGUCUGAGAAAGCUUCUGAUUAAGAUUUUGAAUAAUUUGUUUUAUAUUAAUGUUGAAUAUUUUAGGGUAACUUUAAGAUGGUUUGCAUGCCAUAGUUAAUUAUCAUUCAGUCCUUGCAAUUAUGUUUUUAUUUCAUCCAGUUACGACGGUUCUUGUUUUGCAACAAUAAGAAACCAUUUUUGAAAUUGUUUACGUUAACAAAGAAGCUGAUUUACAAAAGUUUGAUAUGUGUUAACUUUUGUAUUAAAGACUUACUACUCUGUAUAGAAAAUCUGUUACUAACAUUUCAAACCAAUAGCCUAAAAGACUGGGGAGUCUAAGGUUGACUUCUGAUAUUUGACCCUGAUUCUGUGAAAAUUGACUUAACGAAUGUGCAUGAAGUGUCCUCCUAGAUACGCCUGUGCAGCUAAUCAGGGACAACACAGUGUCCUCCUAGAUACACCUGUGCAGCUAAUCAGGGACAACACAGUGUCCUCCUAGAUACGCCUGUGCAGCUAAUCAGGGACAACACAGUGUCCUCCUAGAUACGCCUGUGCAGCUAAUCAGGGACAACACGUUCGCCUAAAUUAGAUUUUCAUUUAUGAGAGACAUCAUUUAAAGGAGAAAUUCCAAUCGGAAAUUGUUGUCCUUAGUUAUCCUAUGCAGACUGCACAGGAUAAUCUGGUGUAAAAAUGUACACACAUGCAUUAAGCCCAGUUUUCUCAGAAUGAGACUCAGUUUAUCAUGACCUCAAAGUUUUAAUUAAAUGAAGAGCAUGCAUAGAAGUUUUAUGAUUAGAAUGUAUAGUAACACAAGUAAGCUUUGUAAAAAAAAUCAAAUUGAAGCUCUCAUAGCCAGAUCAGUGUAUGUUUUGAUAAAGUGUUCAAAUGUGUUUACAUGUUUUAUUUUCUACACUUGUGACAGAGUCUCAUUUCAUUUAACGACCAUUCUCAUUAUCAACCAACAAGUCUAGUUAAGUCUGUUUACAAAAUUAUUGAUGACAAAAUGGGUAACCAUUUGUUAUUUACAAAGUAAUACAAUUUCAUAGUGUUUUGAUAAAAACAAUAAAUAAAACUCUCAAAAGACUA